AUGGCUCGUCAGCUGCAGGAUUCGCCGGAUCAAGACGACAGCGGAUCGAACGGGCUGAAGAGGAAAGCCGACGACGGCCAGUCGCAGUCGCAACAACGAGCUCGCCGGAAUCGAUAUGUCUCGAUUGCCUGUAACGAGUGCAAGCGUCGCAAGAUCAAGUGCAAUGGACAAACUCCGUGUCAGCGAUGCGGAAACCUCAAUCUCGAGUGCGUGUAUGCACCGAAUUGCUGCGCGGGCUUCAAGGACUCGCAGGAAUAUAAGGAAAUGACCUCACAGAUUUCCAUGUUGCAAGAGCAGGUCAAUUCGUUAUGGGAUACAAUGAACGCCAUGCGUGCGCAGAUGAGUGGUGGUGUGGCAAUGGGACAGCAAAUGCCGCAGCAGCAGAUGACACCGAUCGAUCCUUCUCUACACCAUUCACAGAGCAAUCAGCCGACAUUUCGAGGACCCACGAGUUCGGCGUUCAACAUUGGAGUCGCUAAGAACAGCCUCGAGACGAUGGGAAUCACAAGUCAAAGCGAAGAGGACGUCAGUGGUAGUGGUGGUGCGGGAACAGGAACUACAGAAGCCAGUCCGGAGCCACCUCGAUCGAGUGGGCAGUUGCUCCCCACUACGCACCAGAGCAAAGAUCCACUAUGGAGCAUACCCCAGGAAGAGGCGCUGCGCCUAUGUCGAGUCUUCGAAGACGAGAUGGGCUUAAUGUAUCCUGUCAUUGAUAUUAAUAAAGUUCUGGACCAUGCCACGAAGCUGUACCGCUUCAUGGAGGCGGCUCAUCGAACAGGGCUUAUGCAGCAAGGAAUGCCAGGCGCGGACGCAAUUGACGAUGAAGAGACUAACAUUCUCAAGCUUGUACUGGCUACGGCAUUGACGACGGAAGCGUCUGGACGGAGUGAUCUUGGACAGAGGCUCUUCGAGGUCGUGCAGCCUGCAGUGGAGAAUCUGAUGCUGGGCAAUUGCGGCGUGAAUGCUAUCCGAAUUCUCGUGAUGGCGGCGAUGUAUGAAUUUCACCGAGACAACGAAGGCGCCUCAUGGCGUAUCAUUGGCAUCACUGCACGUCAAUGCCUUGAGCUCGGGCUUCAUCGGAGAGAAACAUACGACGCCAUGCAGGACGAUGCAGAAAAGUCGGAAAUCAUUCUGCUUUUCUGGGCGAUCUACGUGCUGGAUCGCCGCUGGAGCUUUGGGACCGGCAUGCCCUUUGCCAUGCAGGACUCCGACAUCAGCCCAAGACUCCCUAAGCCGGAAGACCGUUCGCCCUAUCUAAGCGCGAUGAUCCAGUAUUCAGCGCUCAGCAGCAAAGUGUGGCGAUCUGUUGCGUCGCCUUCGUCGCCUUCGCGAGGUGGGGCGCCCAUUGAUACGGACAAUAUGGAGUAUCUCGAUUAUCAGGUCGUACAAUGGCACCGCCAAAUCCCCGCUCAUCUGCGUUACGAGCAUCCCUCACAGUUACAAAACGGAAGCGUCGCUACGCCUACAGGUGGAGCGUCAUCUCGCGCAGCUCAUCGAUUACGGAUUCUCCUUUACAUCCGAGCAAAUCAGAUGCGAAUCCUGAUAUACCGACCCAUCUUACAUUCGGCGACGUCGAUUAUGAGCCACCGAGAGCGCGCACAGACUGUGGUGGACGUCGCCAAAGACACUGUCCGCGUGCUCACACACGUCAAUCAGACCACUGAUCUAUACAGCAGCCAGCAGAUGACCUUCAACGCGUUCUUGACAUCAGCUCUGGCUGUACUGUUCCUUGCGGUCAGCCAUACACCAGCGCUGUUCGGUGAGAGCGUGCGCGAGGAAUUUUACAUGGCGCUUGAGCUGGUGCGAGGUUUCUCAAAGGGCUCGUGGAUAUCGAAGAGGUUAUGGAAGACAAUUCGCGUGCUGAAAGAGGUUGGACCGAGACUGGGCUUGGUAGUGAAGGAGAACGCUCUCGCCAUGGGCCCGAUGCGCUCGUCGAGAGAUGACCUUGAUCCGAGUCGCUCUGCAGCUGUUGCAAUGGCAGGGCUUGCCGGUCACAACGUCGACGAGAUGUCGUUGUUCAACGGUGUACCGCAACAGCGCAAUCAGUGGGGGUCCAUCGCGGCGGCGAGCAGCAGUCCCGAGAACAUGGCCGCCGAUCUGACCAGUCUGUUCGAGGCAGCAGGUGGUUAUCAGGCAUUGGAAAGCAUGAAUGGCGGCCAUGAGAUGUCACACAGUAUGGAUGGCUUCCCUGGCGAUGAAGGACUGACUAAUAUUCUGAACGAGCUCUUUGAGCGGCAAGGAUGA